CACCACCUUCCAGUCUCAGAGUUGAAGAGACUGACGUUUGUGUUGUUCUCUCACUUGUUCUUCAAUAAAAUACAAGUUGAUGGUGAUGAAUAGAAUGCCGUUUCUGACACAGACUUUGCAUUUCUACACAGGACGUUCUUUGUUGCAGCUGGUUCCUAAUAGCAACCACCUCCAUCCAUUUCUGAAGAACUGGUUCUUGCUGCUGAAAGCCAAUGGUUGACUCAUGCGGAGGCUCAAUAUAGCUGAGGAAAGAAUCAAUGAAUUUGAUGGAGUCCUUAUCAUUUGAAGAUUUAUCUGUGGACUUCACCCAGAAGGAAUGGCAGCUGUUGGACUCCUAUCAAAGGGACUUAUACAAGGAUGUCAUGUUGGAGAACUACAGCAGCCUCAUAUCACUGGGGUAUGAGGUUUUGAAGCCAGAUGUGAUCUUCAAGCUGGAACGAGGAGAAGAGCCCUGGAUGGUGGGUCGAGAAAAAGUUGCAAGUUCAGACUCUCCAGAACACGUCUGGCAAGUAGAUGGUCAUGUUCUGUGGCAUCAGAAUAACCUGCAUCAGGAUAAACUGAAAACUGUGAAAAGUCAUGAAUGUGAUACAUGUGGGGAAAAAAUUAAUCUGAGCAUGAGUUUUGUUCCUGUAAGGAAAUCACACAGUGAAGAUGAUUUAGAUGGAAUAAUUUUAAAACAUCAUUUAGAUUUAAUUAAUCCAAAUGCUGAUUAUAAAAAAACAGUGCCUGAUGACUUCAAUGUCUUUGAUAAGUUAUUUCGCCACACCAAGCCUGAGGAAACGAAUCCUUGGUUAAAAUAUGAAUGUGAUAAAUAUGAUAAAAUAAACUUCAGGAAAUCACAGAUUGUCAUCUAUCACAAAACCCGUUUAGGUGAGAAACUUUAUGAAUGUUUUGAAUGUAGGAAACGUUUCACCAAGAAAUCAAGUCUCAUGAAACAUCAGAGCAGACAUAUAAAAGAAUUAGCUUAUGACUGUGGUAAAUGUGGCAAAACUUUUCCCCAGAAGUCACAAUUUGUUACACAUCGUAGAACUCAUACAGGCGAGAAACCAUAUGACUGUAGCCAGUGUGGGAAAGCUUUCUCCCAAAAGUCUCAGCUCACAUCCCAUCAGCGGACACACACAGGAGAGAAACCAUAUGAAUGUGGUGAAUGUGGAAAAGCCUUCUCCAGGAAGUCCCAUCUGCUGUCUCACUGGAGGACACACACAGGAGAAAAACCCUAUGAAUGCAAUGAAUGUGGGAGAGCCUUCAGUGAAAAGUCAAACCUCAUCAACCAUCAAAGGAUUCAUACAGGAGAGAAACCUUUUAAAUGUAGAGAAUGUGGGCGAGCUUUCAGCAGGAAGUCACAGCUAAUUACACAUCACAGGACUCACACAGGAACAAAACCCUUUGGAUGCAGUGAUUGUAGAAAAGCCUUCUUUGAGAAAUCAGAGCUUGUUAGACACAAGACAAUCCACACUGGGGAAAAACCCUACGAAUGCAGUGAAUGUAGGAAAGCAUUUAGAGAAAGGUCAAGUCUUAUUAACCACCAGAGAACUCAUACAGGAGAGAAACCUCAUGGCUGCCUUCAGUGUGGGAAAGCCUUCUCUCAGAAGUCACAUCUCAUAUCACAUCAGAUGACACAUACAGGAGAAAAACCCUUUGUAUGCAAUAAAUGUGGGAAAGCUUUCAGCAGGAAAUCUCAGUUGGUUAGACAUCAGAGAACUCAUACAGGUGAAAAACCUUAUGAAUGCAGUGAAUGUGGCAAAGCCUUCAGUGAAAAAUUAAGCCUCACAAAUCAUCAAAGAAUUCAUACAGGAGAAAAACCAUAUGUGUGCAGUGAGUGUGGGAAGGCCUUUUGUCAGAAGUCACAUCUUAUAUCCCAUCAGAGAACGCAUACAGGAGAGAAACCCUAUGAGUGUAGUGAAUGUGGAAAAGCUUUUGGUGAGAAGUCAAGUCUUGCCACUCAUCAAAGAACUCACACAGGAGAAAAGCCUUAUGAAUGCAGAGACUGUGAAAAAGCCUUCUCCCAGAAAUCACAGCUCAACACUCACCAGAGAAUUCACACAGGUGAGAAGCCCUAUGAAUGCAGUUUUUGUAGGAAAGCUUUCUUUGACAAAUCAGAGCUAAUUAGGCACCAGAGAGCUCACACGGGAGAAAAACCCUAUGAAUGCAAUGAAUGUAAAAAGGCUUUCAGGGAGAAGUCCAGUCUCAUUAAUCAUCGGAGAAUACAUACAGGAGAGAAACCUUUUGAAUGUCAUGAAUGUGGCAAAGCGUUUUCACGGAAGUCACAUCUCAUUCCACACCAGAGAACCCAUACAGGGGAGAAACCUUAUGGAUGCAGUGUAUGUAGGAAGGCCUUCUCUCAGAAGUCACAGCUUGUUAAUCAUCAAAGAAUCCAUACAGGAGAGAAACCUUAUCAAUGUAGUGAAUGCUCAAAAGCCUUCUCUCAGAAGUCACAGCUCAUUAAUCAUCAGAGAACUCACACAAAAAAGAAGUCAUAGAACUACAGCUCUUAGUAUUUGACAGAUAGUCCACUGAAAGUGCAGUUAUUGUCAACUGUUCAGAUAACAGUUACCAAGUAAUGUGUCAUAAUUCUCUUAUAGUAGUAAACAAGGUUAUCUAGGUUUUAGCAGCUAAGCAUACAUAAAUAUCAACUCAGUGUAGAAUGAGCUUAUAAAUGCAUUGGAUUUCAAGAUUUACAAGCGUAGUCAACAUUCGUACAAAAGAUAAUUCAUAAGGAGAAAACCUAUGCCUCCUUUGAAUAUCAAAAAGCUUUCUUGAGAUCAGAUUUUAUUAACCGUUGGAAUUUUCCACAUUGAUAAUACUUCUGCCACUAUGAAUGAUUAACGUGCUAGGUAGUAAGUGAGCUAUAAUCUUCAGGGAAUGAUAACUCAUUUAUACACUCAGACGUUCAGAAUUGAUAUUACAUGAAAAUUUUAAAUGGGGAGCUCACUUCUGCACAUGAUCUAGCUAUUUUGGAGAAUUCAUGUUGUGGAAUAACCUAACAGCUGAAAGACACUGGAAACAUUUUCCAUUACAAGUAAUGCUGUAAGGAAAGGAAUCUACUUUUUGUUGACAUGGGUACCAAAAAUACCCAAUUCUAAACGUUUGACAGUUGUCCAUUUUGAAUUAAGUAUCUUUUAAGAUAUGUGAAUUAAUUAUUUCAUUGCGAUAUCUGAAUAAGAAUUUCUUUAGUAAUAUUUGUGGCAUAUUUUCACUGAAUCAUAUGUAUAAUUACAUAAUUGAAUAUUAUAACUGGGCACAUGAAAUGCAUAUGCCUUAUACUGACUCUGAUGUGUCAAACUGCCAUUUUAAUAAUAUGAAAGUGGCACUGAUGUAUUAGGACUUAUGUCUAAUUAAAGGAGUCUUAGUAGCAAAACUGUUAGGUGCUUGGAUGCUAACUGGAAGGUUGCUUGGUUGAACUCACCCUGUAGCACCUUAGGAGAAAGAUUUGGCAAUCUGGUUCUGUAAAGAUUACAGCCUUUAAAAACAAAAACAAAAAUUCAUGUGGGGAAUCUCUAAUCUUCCAAACUGAGUCAUUAUGAGGCAAAGUCAAUUUAACAGCAUCUAACCAAAUUGCCGAAUAGUCUGUAACAAUACUUUGUCCAUUUUAUUGUUUGUUUGCACAUGUAAUUAAUAGGUCUGUUGUUACUAGAAUCUCCAGAAGGUGCAAAUGGUUAAUGUGCUUGGCUGCUAAGAAAUAGGUUGGCCUUUUGAAUCCUCCUAUUGGUUACUUGGAUAAACAGAGUUAAUGAUUAAGUUCCAGCAAUCAGCUGUUGAAUGUUUUGUGGGAUACAGUUCUCUGACACACAUGAAGUUACUCUGAGUCAGAUGGGUGCAACACGUUUUUUUGUUUUACUUGACAAUUUCUUGAUAGAAGCACAAACUAAAGUCUUCUAUAAUCUCAGAAUCUUAAAAAUUGCUAAUGUAAAACUGUUAAUAAACAUGCGUAAACAAUUAUACUUGCCAUGGAAUAAGGAAAAAAUGAAGUAAAUGGUAAAUACUGUGCUGUGCAUAAUCUCUUUCUCUUAGUUCGCCACUUUCAUACACUCAAGUGUCAAGUGUGUAAACACAUAAAAUGUGUGUUAUCAGUUUAAUAUGAAAUGUGGACACUGUAUUGCUGUUAUGUUGUUCAUGUUUUCUAUUUUGUUAAAAAAGAAAAGAUAGGUGGACCCACAUUAGAGUCACUAUUCAGAAAAUGUAAAAUACAGAUAAUUUUCAAUCGGGGACAAUUUUGACAUAUUCAUAGAAGCCUGUUUGGCCUUCCUGCAAAUGUAAGUAUGUUUCUUAGUGAGAAUGCGGGAACUGUGUCUUAAGUUACCAUUUUGUUACUUUUGCUUUAUGGUGUCGCUUGAUAAGGUCAAGUAUUUUUGUUAUGGCAGUGAAAUUCAGGAGUUCAGCAUGGAACCUUGAUUUUAAACCUGGAAGAGUCAAACUUUUUCUCUUGUGUAUAAAUUGUUGCAUAUUUAUGGUGGAUAACAUUCUGUACCAUAACAAGAUUACUCUCAUUUAAAAAAUUUAAGCAACAUACUAUGAUUUCAAAGCCAAAUCCAAUUUUACACAUUUUUUUAAGAAACCCAAAUUUAAAAUUUUUAUUCAUAUUCAAAUUUAUAGCCCUAUUUUUCUCACUACCUUUGGAGCAUCCUUUUAUUAGAUGGUAGUAACGAGAUAUUCCUACAUGUCAAAUAGUUACAGGGUAAAAUUCUUCAUCCUACUUUGGUUUUUUUUCCCUAUUUUGUUUUUUGUUUUAAUUUCCCCCCCACUUUAUCCCCUUCCAUCAUGAAUCUCAUCUUUAGUCCCAGAGAUUGAGUCUGGAGACCAUGAAUAAAGUUCACAAAUCUUUGUUCACUAUUUUUUUCCUCAUUUUCCUCACUUCAAUUCUGUAAUAUUACAUUAGCCAUUAAGUAGUUAAGCGGUUACUUUUUCGCUGGACUGAAUACUCAGUCCUAUAAGCUGAAAACCCAAGAGCAAAAUAUUCCUUUUCUACCAAGUAUUUGUUACUCAUAAGAAAGCACUGGGUUCUAAUUGAUCAGAAUAUCUGAUCUUUUCUGAGUACCCAGAUAAAUCGUGUCAUACCUCAUGGUAGCUCUAUACUGUUUUAAGUAUAGUAAGAGCCCUGAUUUAGAAAUUAGUUUCAUAAUGUUAGUUUUUUACUUUGGUGGUCAGCAGUGAAAACAUGGCCCUACAUUUCUUCUUGAUUCUUUGAACAAACCACAUCAAGAUGAAAAUCUUUUCUUUGUCAUCGUUAAAAUAUGAACACCAGACAUUCACUUUGACAGCGUUCAUAUUCAUAUAUCAUUGGCAUUGAUUACAUUUUCUUUCAGGUUGUACCACUAGUAUGGUUAAUUAUCCAAAACAUUCCACCACCAUUAAAAUAAAUGCUGCCCAAACAAAAAUCUCCCCUUUACUCCUGCCUCCUGUCCUUCAAACGCACUGCCAUUUGUCAGUUCUGUAGAAUAGAACCGCCCCUGUGGAUUUCCAAGAGU